AUUGUAAUGUCAAAAAGUCGAAAACAUUAUAGUCGUGUUUAUUUCCUUCUUAUUUUUACCGUUUCUAAUUCUAAAUGAUUAAUGUGUUUCUAAUUUUUUUGUCAUUAGUGUCAAACUAUUUUGAUUUCAUGGUCGUAUUAAUACAGUAUGGAAGAUAUGAAUCCUGUUUUUCCAUUCCCAUUUCAAGCUUACGAUAUCCAGAAGAAGUUUAUGAGGGAGUUAUAUUUUACAAUCAAAAACAGUGAAUUGGGUAUUUUUGAAAGUCCUACUGGAACCGGCAAAUCUUUAAGUAUUUGUUGUGGCGCUCUUCAGUGGUAUAGUGAUAAUAGAAAAAAAACAAUUCAGGAUAUUGAGAACGAUAUUACUAAAAUUAAAACGGAUCUAAAAAAUCUAACAGAUUCAGAAGACUGGCUGCAAGCAGAAUAUGAUAAGAUUAAAAAGAACCAAACAUUAACUGAAUUACAAUUCAAACUUGAUAAAAUCAAGAAACAAGAUGAAUUAUUCAAUGAAAUGAAGAAUAGAGUUGCCAAACAGAAAUCUAAUAGCAACAAUAACUUCAACGGAAACCAAUUUUCUAAUUCUAAUAAAAUAGACAAAGAAGAUGUAAAUAAGGAGAACAUUCUGGAGACUGAAGGGAAUGAUGAUGACUUAAUUGUGGAUAUUUGUGAUAAAAACUCAUCAGAUGAUGAGGAAUUGGAUGAUGAUUUAAAUGAAGAAAGUGAACAUUUAGCAGUUAAGAUUUACAUAAGUAGCAGAACACACAGUCAGUUGUCACAAUUUAUUGGUGAAGUUAAAAGGACUGUGUUCAAAGAACGUAUCCGAGUAGUGACAUUAGCAUCUCGUCAGCAUUAUUGUAUUAAUUCUGAUGUAACAAGACUGAAAAAUGUUAAUUUAAUAAAUGAAAGAUGUCUAGAUAUGCAAAAAUGUAAAACAAAAUCAACAUCAGUAGGUGAUGAUGGUAAAGUCCUUAAGAGAACGAAGACAAAAUCUUGUUCGGGAUGUCCAUAUUACAAUCAGAACAACAUAACAAAGUUAAAGGAAAGAUUGCUAGUUGAUAUAAUGGAUAUGGAGGAUUUAGUGAAAUGUGGGAAAGAGUUAAAGGCAUGUCCUUAUUAUGCAGCAAGAAUGGCACUUGAUGACGCUCAGGUAGUUUUACUAAGCCAUGCUGGUAUUGUUAAUUCUGGUGCCCGAUCUGGGUUCUCUAUUAAAUUAAAAGAUAAUAUUCUAAUACUAGAUGAAGCGCAUGGUUUGACUGCAGCUUUAGAAAACGCACAUUCAGCACCCGUCUCGUUAAAACAAUUAUCAUCAGUGAAAACAUACCUUAAUUUUUAUAUCAACAAAUACAGAGCUAGAUUGAACAGCAAGAAUCUUUUGUUGUUGAAUCAAAUGAAUUUUGUUGUUGGCAAACUUUUAGGUAUAUUAAAACCGAAAAUCGAAAAGGAACAGAAUGAUACGAAAAUCUAUACACUCGAAGAUUUCGUUAUAAAAUCAGAAAUAGAUCAUUUGAACCUACGUCCUUUGGUAGAGUUUUGUAAAGAGACGCGUCUCGCGCCGAAGUUACAUGGAUUUUCGAUGAGAUAUACUCAAGAAGUUUUGGAAGAGGAAAAUAAAAGGAAAACAAUCAAUCAGAAGAGUUCAUUUGAAAAUUUUAUUAGUAAAAUUAAGAAAACUGAUGAUAAAGUUGUUGAGGAAAUCAAAGAAGUUAAGACAUCUCAGUUGCCAACUGAAACAUCAGCAGGAAGCGGUCUUUACGCUGUACUGGACUUUUUAGACAUGUUGUGUGACCGCAGUGAGAACGGCAGAGUUUUGAUACAAAUUGCAGAAGAUAAUACAUCACAGUUGAAAUAUUUACUUUUAAAUACAGCGGAACAUUUUGCUGAUAUCGUCUCACAAUGUAGAUCUGUAAUAUUGGCCGGCGGUACAAUGGAGCCGAUCAGUGAGUUCGAAAGUUUGCUGACAAACAACAGGACGGUAGAGAGAGUGAAUAUAGUGAAAUGCGCGCACGUCGUGCCGGAAGACAAUGUACUCGCUGUCUGCUUAAAUAAGGGACCUUCUAAUGGUAACUUAAACUUCUCUUAUGAAAACAGAAUGUCUAAUGAAUUGUUGAACGAAGUAGGCAGGUUACUUCGUAAUGUAAGUAGUAUAGUGCCCGGCGGCGUCGUCUGCUUCCUGCCUUCGUACGCAUACGAGCUAACAGUGUACCAACAUCUGUUGAACAACAAGUUUAUUGACAGCAUUAGUAAGAAGAAAGUUAUAUUCAGAGAACCGAAAUCAGCCACUGAAGUAGAACAAGUACUACAAAAAUUCGCCACCGCUGUUAGAAAAAGAGAAGGCGAUCGUACCGGCGCUCUACUGCUAAGUGUAGUUGGAGGAAAACUAAGCGAAGGACUUAACUUUAGUGAUGAUUUAGGUCGUUGUGUGAUUGUUAUCGGAAUGCCAUACCCCAAUGUGAAAUCACCGGAACUACAAGAGAAAAUGAACUAUUUGAACAGAACAAUAGGAAAUGCUGCGGGAAAUCAGUACUAUGAGAAUUUGUGUAUGAAAGCUGUCAAUCAGUGUAUUGGUCGCGCGGUGCGUCACGCUAGCGACUACGCCUGCGUGUUGCUCGUUGAUGAAAGAUAUUCACGACCUCAUACUACAGCUGCUUUACCCUACUUUGUUCAGAAAUCCUUAUUAACCGGAUGCACAUUUGGACAAACGAUAGGAAGCAUUGCAAGAUUUUUCUCGAAACAUAAGGAAAUGAAACAAAAGAAUUAAUGCAAUAAUUUAACUAUUUAAUAUUUAUCUUAAUAAUUAAAACAAUAAAUA